AAUAAUAAUCAAAAUCUGAUUUUUAUCUGAUUUAUCUGAAAACCAUAACCGGAUUGAAACCAGAAUUUUAUCGGAUAUUAAUUGUUUUCUAACACUGUUACGGUGUUACCUCAAUCAAAAACAAAGUAACCGAACCAAAAUCAAACCAUAACCGAACUGAAAACUGAAAGCUUAUGCCUAAUUGAGACCAUGAAAAUCCAAUAAAAAUUUUGAAAUAUUAUUGGUUUCAAUCUCGUUCAGAAAUAGCAUCUCAGCCCAUAGGCCAAAUUGUUUUCUGUUUGUAGUUGCAUAUUUCCCGCCUUAUUUUUUAAGUCAGAUUAGUUUUCCAUUUCAUUAUAAACAAAAUUGCUAAAAACAGAAUUCUUCAACAACAAAUAAACAAAAUUCGCUUUGAACUUUGAUUAUUGUUUUGUAGGUUUCCCUUUUACAAAUAUAAAUCUUUCUUCAUCAUUCUUAUAAUCUUCAUUCCAAACCUAAUCAAUAAUCAAAGAUGAAGCAAUUCUCGAGACUUCUCUUCAUUUUCAUUCUCUAUCUCUCAUAUGUCAAUGCUGAUUCCAAUCUUAUUACCGAUCUGUGCAAACACUGUGACGAUCCAAAACUCUGCCUCUCAAGCAUACAGACCCGUCCUGAGUCUGGCGAGUUCGCAGCCACCACCAACCAGAUCGAGAUCAUAGCUAUCUCUGCCGCCUCAGCUAACGCCUCCUCCACUUCCGCCUAUAUUAAGGAAAUGCUUAGCCGAGAGGAUCUAGAGCCGGCUACGGAGGCCACACUCGAGGACUGCCAGAAGAAUUACCAAGAUGCUGUGGAGCAGCUCGACGACUCGAUAUCUGCUAUGCUUGUUGAUGCGCAUGCCGACGUCGACGUCUGGCUGAACGCGGCAAUCAGCGCCAUCGAGUCUUGUAGUAACGAGUUGGAGUCAGGAGCCGGAAACGAUGCAGAGCUUUCUCAGAGGAUCGAAUGGUUUCUUAAACUGUGCAAAAACGCUUUGGUAAUUAACAAAAUGUUAAUAUGAGUUUAACUCCCAACAUUUGAAUGUUUCCGUACAAUAUUUUGUUGUUUGUUUGCUUUUUUCGUCAACUUUUUUCUCAACUCUUUGUUGUAUUGAUUUAUAUGAAUAUCAUUGCAUUGCAUUAAAUAAAAACGUCAAAAAGAGAUUCUUUUU